UAUGUAUAUUAGUGAAGACAUACAUGUAUGUAUAGGUGAUUCAACUUCUCCAGCUAGUGUAGUAUAGUGUUGACAUUCUGCUCAUCAUCAAGAUAGAGAAAAGGAGAGUACAUGGUAAUAGUGCAUUGUUGUUAUCUUAAUCUCAAUGGCAAACCAAAAUGCGGAAUAUGGAAAAAUUGUGGAAAAUUUAGCUCCUUUUUCUGUUGGAUUUGAGUAUUUUACCCAUAACUAGAUGACUAGAAUUUUUGUGAAACUGCAAAUUUAAGUAAUUGAUGAUAGCCUUUGGUUGGAAUAGCAUCGUCCAAGAACAGGUAACUAGUUUGAUUUGAACUACAUGUGUUUUACUUUGCAUCCGACUUUAAUGAAAUCCUCUUAUUCUUCCUGCUGGAAAAUUGGAAUAUUUGGAUAAAUCUCAUGACCUAUAUUACUUUCAGGAUUCUUAAGUCUUUUAUUUAAUUUUCAUGCUCUGCUUUUAUACUGUUUAUGUAUGUUUGAGUGUGGCCAGGGUUGAAGGGUUUUGAUUUUUAAAUAAGUCAAACUUCUGUAGAAAAAAUCAAAUUCUGCUAAGCAGCAUGCUUAAAGUCCCAGAUCAUCAGGUUGCUGGACACAGAGCUCGUGAUGGACGGCUCGGACCACUUGUUGACGAUGCAGGGCGUUUCUACAAGCCACUUCAGGGUGAUGAGCGUGGAGCUAACGAGGUCUCUUUCUAUGCAUCAUUCUCUUCAAACACUAAAAUUCCUGACCAUAUCAAAAGCUUCUUCCCCGAGUUUGAUGGUACUCGGCUCGUGGAAGCAUCUGAUGGAUCGGGUAUGCAAACUCAUCUAGUCUUACAAGAUCUUACUUUUAGUCGUGUAAAUCCAUCUAUAAUGGACAUCAAAAUUGGUUCAAGGACUUGGCAUCAGCAAGCUCCAGAGGGCUACGUUCACAGGUGUUUAAAGAAGGAUAGGGGAACUUCCAGCCUUCCGCUAGGAUUUAGAGUGUCGGGCGCACGAAUCUUUAAAAGCACGGAAUCAGGAUACUGGGAGCCGGAGAACAGAUUGUCGAUCCAGACUCUUUCAGCUGAUGAAGUUAAGUUGCUUCUGAAAAGCUUUGUUUCUUCUAACACAUCAGAAGAGCCGCAUAUGAAACCAGAUUGUGCAUUUGCAUCAACUGUUUAUGGUGGCUCCAAUGGUAUUUUAUCACAGUUGGUGGAAUUGAAGGCAUGGUUUGAGGAUCAAACCAUCUAUCAUUUCUAUUCUUCCUCAGUACUUAUGAUGUUUGAAAAGGAUCUUGCAUCGAGCGGGAAGAGCCCCCGAGCAGAAAUCAAGCUUGUGGAUUUCGCCCACGUUCAUAAAGGCAAUGGGGUUAUUGAUCAUAACUUCCUCGGUGGGCUUUGCUCUUUUAUCAAAUUCAUCUCUGAGAUCCUCACAACUCCAGAAGACUCUUCUGCUGAUUCCUUAGUAGAAGAUGCUCAAAGAAACCACAUCCAUUCUGAAAAUGGUUCAGUCUAUGAUGUCAGCCUCAAUUAAAUAAUGUUGCAUUUCACCUCAAGGCCGAAUGCUGGUUAGCUGAAGACUUUCAGAACCCUUUUCAAGAUUCAUGAUUCUCUCUUUCUCAAAAAAAAAUCGAAGCACGGUGUGAUUUUUUGUACUGAACGUUUCUCGUUGUAGAUGGUUGCUUGUAACUUGAACGGUAUUUGUGAUAGAUUGGGAUUGCAGUUUUUUUUUUUAAUUAUGAAUGGCUGUGUGACCAUGUCCAACAGCCAUUAAAAUCUGCAUCUUCUAGUUGAUACUACCAAAGCACAAUAAACAUGAAAGUUUCAUGUGAAGAGUGGGAGAGUCUGAGAAGGCCUGCAUAUUUUUCUAUUUCACUGAAAGAAAAAGAAACUCCUUAAACCAAUCCUGGUGUGAGGGAGCAAUGAGGCAUGAGAAAAACUGGCUUCGUUUUUGGAGCUGGUGCCUAAUUUAAUUUGGAGGCUGCUUCGUGUAUUCUGGACCAGUAAGUAUGAGAUUGAGUCUCCAUCGCUUGCUCUUGUGUCGCAUAUUUGAGCUCGAGUUGUUGAUCGAUGGCCUCCUGUGUUUGACUCUUGUCGCCAAGCAGCAGCUUUGUGAUCAGCAGUUUCUACACUAAUGAAUAUUGGUUUCACCAGAAGAAUCUGGUUGUAAGUAUUCUGCGUUAUUUUGUUAUGUAUGUUUCCGUUUCCGUUUCCAUCUAUUGCCAUCAAGCAUUUCAUAUGGCUUUAUCUUAAAAAUAGUGUAUGUGAUUUUGUUUGCUUGGUUGUUUUGUGUUGUGUUGUUUAAGACCUCACUACAUUUUGUUUAUCUUAAAAGCUAGAGAUUGAUUGGUUUCAUUUUUGUUUACAGACUUAAGAGGUUUCAUUUUUUUUAUUAAUUAAAAGCUAAAACCACAAAAUGUAGUGAGCAUUAAAAACACAAAGUUCAACCCAAUCAAAACAAACAACAAAAUCAUUACCAUAACGAAAUCAAAAUAAGACCGACAUCAAGCCAAAAAAACUAAGGAAUAAGCGAAGCGCACAACAAAUCAUGACCAACACACUUCCCGCCAAUAAAAAGCAACAAAAGGGGCAAGUAACAACACAACCACCAAAAGCCAAGAGCUAUCCCAACUACAUGCAAAGAGGGCAAAAAAAGAAGUUAGAGAAGCGAGGUGAAGUUCACCUUUGUGUCACUCGGCAAGUACACCUGUGUGUCACUCGGCAAGUAGUAUUGAUUCUUUCAUAACUUCUAAACCACCUUCUAACUUUGAACAAGUCGUCAUACAAUUCUCUAUGUAGAAAAGGAAAGUUCGGGCACCACCCUUUAAUUCAUGAGUCGGGCCUCCAAAGAAUGAGUCUUCUUUCAACAUCCCAAUUUGGUUCAAUUUUUUGGAAGGUCACUUUGUUUCUAAGCCACCAUAUGUACCACGAAAUCACAUAAAAUAGGGAUGUCCACAUAUUCUUACCAAACCUGUAGAAAUAUGCAUCCAUCCAAGUGAGAAAGCGCAAUAGAAAUAUCACAAAAUACUAGAGAACUUACACCCGAACAUGAUGUGAUUGAUAGUUUCUCGCUCCUUCUUGCAAAACACGCACAGAUCGCUUGCAAUUUUCCAGAGAACUCCAAAUCUAAAUAGUCUAUCAUUGAUAUUGAAUUUACCUAGUUGGAUAAACCGAUCCAAAAGUUGGGCACUAGGCAAGUCUUCCAGUGAAUUCUAUUAGCAUGGUACACCUUGUCAUAGUUAAUCACAUUUAAGGUCCUUUUUUUGCAUUUUUCGUGACAUUUUUAUCCUUAUUGAAAAUUUUUCCUCAAGGGUAUUUUUGUCAAUUGAAAUUUUCCACUAGCAUGCACUAUUUAGUCGUCUAUAUAACGAUAUUAAAUCAUUCAUUGGGCAA